AUGGAAUUAUAUAGUGACACCGUAGACCAAGAGGAGGAGGAGACAUCGGAAGCUCCUGAAGCGCCCCAUGAAAAUGAGAAACAAAGAAUAUGUUGCAAGUGUUCUGGUUUUCAACAAAAUCAACGAGCAAGAGGUCUAGCGACAAUUGGUGCUGCACGAGGCUCUCUGUUGGGUGCCAACAUUUUCAUUUCAACUUCGUUGCUAUACUUGGCAAGUGAAGAAGCGGGAUGCAUCGAUGAGAAUGAUAUGGCGAUUGAUUGUGAUAACAAGGUCUAUGGUUUUCAGCCAUCAUCUUUGAUUACCAACAUUGCCGUCAUCUCUGGUAUUCUGGCAGCAAUAGCGAAUCCAAUCAUUGGAGCAGUGGUGGACCAUACAGAUUACCGCCACUCGGUUGGACUCUACUCUUGCAUUGCUAUAGUCGCCAUCCAAGUCAUCCAAAUAUAUACUGUCAGCUCCACUUGGUUUCCGAUGGCAAUUUUGCAAGCUUUUGCCGCAUUCUUGUAUCAGAUUGUCAUCACCAUUACCUUUGCAUACUUGCCAGAAAUAGCAUUCGAAGUUGGCGAGAAGGCUGUCCAAAACAUAUCACCCAAACUCACCAUGGUUCAAUUUGGAACCCAAGGACUACUAAUGGUGACAGUCAUUGUCAUUAGCUUGGGAGUAUCAGCUGACGAUGUCUUGACUGCUCAAAUAUCACAAGGAAUCAAUGUUAUUUUUGUGAUAGUGUCCUUUGGUUAUGGUUGGCUCAAGUUUCUCCCAAAAGUGGAGGCCAAGCGUGUGCUUCCAGAGGGACGGUCGCUUUGGACGGCUGGAUUCACACAACUAUUUCAUACCGCCAGGCAUAUCAACACUCACUACAAACGAAGCAUUCGGUGGUUCUUUGUUGCGCUAUGCUUUGCGGAAGCAGGAGCUUCGGCAUUCGCAGUGUGCUCAAUCACCUUCAUGAACCAAGUUCUCAAAAUGUCUGGCACUGAAAGUGGUAUCGUCUUUUUUAUUGUCCUUGUCUUUGUCGUUCCCGGUGCCAAGCUAUCCGAGUUUGUUGUCACAAGGACCAACUACAACACUUGUUGGCGACUCAAUAUGGCGUACUUUUCCGUCACUACGGUGGUGGGUGUAUGGAUUAUGAAGGAUGAAAGCGACAAGUUCAAGGCCUACAUUUUAGCUAUUUUCUGGGGCAUUGCUUUGGGAUGGUUUUAUGCGACACAAAGUGGUUUCUUUGCCGUGCUAGUUCCACAAGAACAGGCUACCGAAAUGGCAGGAAUCUUUAACUUCUCUUCACGUAUCAUCGCCUGGCUUCCUCCAUUGGUCUUUUCGGCCUUGAAUGAAGCUGGAAUCGCAUUGACUUAUGGGGUGAUGCAUUUGGUGGUAUACUUUGUCAUUGCGAUUGGCUUUUUGUCGCUCAUGCAAAGCUGGGAGAAGGUCCUUGCGGAAUCACAUGGACUCGAUGACAGUUCAAAAUCGGCCGAAGGCAAUACCGAAGAAGAGAACGACGCCGCGUCAGUGGGUGACUUUGAGAGACAAGAAGUCAUCUCGCCUUAA